AUGCGAGCUCCGAGCUUAUGCGUUUCAGAACUUUCAGAUUCUGAGUUCCCCAGGGGUAAUACAGGAGUGAACCUAGCGUGGCGAGGCAGUGGUAGGCGUGUUCUGCCUGAGGUGGAGCCGGGGUACCUGCGCCCCCUGCUCCCCUCGCACGCACCGGACCGCGGCGAGUCAUGGGCUGAUGUUAUGGCGGAUAUUGAACGCGUAAUCAUGCCAGGGAUAACGCACUGGCAUUCCCCGCAGUUCCAUGCGUAUUUCCCGACUGCCAACAGUUAUCCUUCCCUGCUAGCGGACAUGCUUUGUGGCGCCAUUGGCUGUAUCGGUUUCACUUGGAUUUCGUCGCCCGCGUGCACGGAGCUCGAGGUUGUCAUGAUGGACUGGCUGGGCCAACUGCUAGGCCUGCCCAACGAGUUCCUGGCGGCCUCUGGGGGCGCGGGCGGGGGCGUUAUUCAGGGAACAGCCAGCGAAGCGACACUGGUGGCUAUGCUGUCUGCUCGCUCCAGGAUCACCAAGACCUUAGAGGAGACCCGCCCCAACUAUGACCCUGCCAUCGUUACCAAACUCGUCUGCUAUUCUUCUGGUGUGUUGCUUUUGUUGCAACUGGUAUAGGUCUCAAA